AUGUCCGAUCUGUUCGUGUCUACUCCGGGAGUUCGAAGAUCACCGACCCCAGGCGGCGCCACACCGUUCAAAAUCUGUUGCGCGGACGGCAAAGUUCGAUUGCCCGGAAUCGAAGAACCUCCCCCCGAGCUGCUCGCGCUUCUGACUGGCGAUGGCCCAGGUUAGUACACGUCGAUUCGUUCAACUUGCUAGAUUGAUUACAGCGGACUUACGGCCUUGCUGACUAUCCGUGAAACAGUUGAGAAGAUCUUCCAGCCCAGAUUCUAUUCCUGGCUCCGACGGAACGCAUAGAAGCCCGACGAGGAUUCAAUGGACCGCCUGAAAAAGUACGACGUCUAGACACAGCAUACCAACACAUUGUUCGUGUUACGUCACUCACCAAACAAUGACAGCCGCGGAAUUCAGCGGCUUAUCGAUACUGGGCUUCACUCCACGUCGUUUCGCGACCUUCCGCGACAUUCUAUGAGCCCGGUUAAAUUGACGCCCAGGCUUCUCCAUCUUUCUCCCUCCUGCCCUUCACACCUUACCCAUCGCACCCCAUCCCAUCGCCACUCAUGAAAGAAGCCCCAACACAACCAUCUUACAACGUCGCAGAUGGGAAACGAACAGCUCUGUCAGUCGAUGACGUCGAUCGACUUGCCGCAAUGUACGCGGAACAACGCACGACCGUCUCUUCCCUGAACGCCGACGGCCACGACGGAAGAGGAUUAGAUUACGAUGGGAGGUAAAGAAGGCAUAAGGGUUGCCAUAACGUACGGCAUGCCCUGGUGGCGUUGGUACGUGCACGCCAAGCGUCGUCUGUUUUGA